AUGACGGUUUGUACCAAUCAACAAAAUCAAGAAGAUAAACAAUUGAAAGAGUGCGAAGAAUGGGUUCGACUUUUCUUGAAGGAUUUCGGCCCUGAUGACAUAUUUUUUGACGCGGAAUUCGAGUAUAGCGAUGGGAGCUUAAAAUGGGAUAAACACGGAACGAUUUUGAAUUUUGAUUAUAUCAAAAAGAACUCUUUGUAUCCAUUAAGUUUGUUCUCAAAUUUGGAGCGGGACAAGAAUGGAACCCUUAAUUACCAGAAAAUAAAAAAUGAGGCAUAUGCUCCAUUGACUCUUUAUAAGGAUACGUGGCCACUUCAUGCUCAUCAAGGAAAUAUCGGAGACUGCUGGUUGAUUGCUCCACUGAUGACAAUUGCAAGAAGACAAAAGUUGUUGGAAUGGAUCAUACCACCUAAUGAAUAUUGUUUGAAACACGGCAUUUUUCUUGUCAGAUUAUUUUUUAACGGAGAAUGGCAGAUCGUUGUUGUCGAUGGUCAUUUGCCUUGGGAUGUACAAGGUUAUGAAGAAUUCGCAUCUGUAUUCUAUUUUGUGCCCAUAAAGGAAGGGUUAGUCCCUUUAGGAGCACAAGCCAGGCAGGGUAGACCGGAAGAGUGA